CAGCCCCAUCAUUUUAUAUCCUCGUGGCUCCGCGUAUGCGCAAUUGCUUGUCACUUUCCUUCUCGUCCAUGGAAGUCAUAACAGAACCCUAAAAUUCUAAAUUCAAAAGUUGUCAAUGAGCAAAACUCAGUAAAGUUUCUUGAUUGCUCAUGACCUGUAAUCCACUUCCUCGAGUCUCAAAGUCCUGCUCUUGCUGUGCUCUUCUUCUCUAUAUAUACCUCACGAAUCUCUCUUCCUCUGCAACUCGCAGUUAAUCCCGGAACCAUGGAUUUCUUCCUUCUUGGCUCCUUCUUGCUUCUCGUGAUCUCCUCCGCCACUGCCUGCGACAGAUGCAUACACCAAAGCAAUGCUUCUUAUUUCUCUAACUCUGCUGUUCUCAUGAAGGGGGCUUGUGGGUAUGGUCCCCUGGCUUUAAAACUCGGUGGACGAUUCCUUGCAGCUGGAGUCUCUUCCCUGUACAAAAAUGGAGCAGGUUGUGGUGGGUGCUUGCAGAUGAGGUGCAAGGACAAAGCUCUUUGCAGAUCAGAAGGCAUCAAAGUUUUUCUGUUCGAUCUUAAUAAUAGCAACCGAACAGAUUUGGUUCUCAGCAGGACAGCUUUCUCGGCCAUGGCUAGGAAUGGCAAGGGCCAAGACAUUUUGAAUGAAGGCAUUGUGAACGUGGAAUACAGGAAGGUACCUUGUGUUUACCGAAAGAACUUAUCUGUGCGCGUGGAAGAAAUCAGCAACAAAUCUUUUUUAGCACUCAAAUUUCUAUAUCAAGGUGGACAAACAGAUAUAGUUGCUGUCGACAUAGCUAAGGCUAGUGAUUCAAGCAGGUGGCAAUACAUGACUCGAAAUUAUGGGGCCGUGUGGUCGACAGAUAGUGUUCCACAAGGGCCCCUGCAACUUCGAUUGGUGGUUACUGGGGGAUACGAUGGAAAAUGGAUAUGGGCGCAUGGACCUGUGCUUCCUAUAGACUGGAAAACAGGGGUAAUAUAUGACACUGGAGUCCAAAUCAACGAUAUUGCACAAGAGGGGUGCUUUCCAUGCGGUGAUGGCCCUUGGAAAUGAUUAUUUGAAGGGUCUUUUCCCUUGUUUCUUUAUGCAGACCAGUGUCAAACGUGAUUUCUUUACACAGGGUUGAUGAUGUAAAUGAUUAGGAAAGAAAAAAGUGUAGUUGAAGGGUGUUACUUUUACAUUUUGUCACAUUUGUUAGUGUAAUAAGACUAGUGACAUAUUUAUGUUCCUACUUUAA